GAUUUUCUCACAUACCUAAGCGCGAGUGAAAUUUUAUGACGCUUGGUAGAAAUAAUGUAGACUUACCUAAUAAUUUACGGAGCAUUGCAGAAGAUCUUCAAAAUUGGUGAAAGUGUCGACAUGUUUCCGUCAAAAAUCCUUAUUUUAUUAAUCGUUUUAUCGGCCUUAAUCCUUCGUGGGAUACGUCCACCUUGAGCUCCGCAUAUCGCAAAUCUUUCGCGAUGCCCCUUUCAGUUGACCAUCGUCCGGCGCGCUUCAAACACGCUUCCAUCCGCCCGCGUACAAUUCGAAAAAAAUAAAAUCUGGUCUAUGCCGCGCGAAUAGUGAUGUGCCGUUUUUGUCUGUGAAGCAGCAAUUCGAAACUUUUUCGCCGAGUUUUGUUAUUGGUUUUAAAACUUAACGGUGUUUUAUGGUUAUCUUUGCCGUAUUCGGAUGAAGGAUACAUUACUUUGUUAAAAGCGGAUUUUUCAUUGCAUCGCUGCGCGCACACGGAUAACCAUGAUAUUGGGCAUAACGGACGAGGUGUCAAAAUGCUGAAAAACGUUGGGCCCAGGGCCCAUCCGACUAGUACGAGAUGGUGACGAUGGACAGUGACAGCGUGCGCCUCGGCGGGUUCCGUCUGGGCGCGCGUGAGGAGCCCGAGCGGCGCCCGCGCACGCCCUCCGUGUCCUCCCUCUCCCUCUACAAGCAGAAGAUCGACGCGCUCUUCGACGACUCGCGCUCCGUCGCCAGCCUCCCGCAGUACGCGCCCGGCACCCACCUCACCGACACCAAGGCAACGAGAGACGGUAACGAUGAAAGCUAUUGCCAGAAUAAAAUCAACAAGAUUAACAACACGGUUCAGGAUCGAAUAGAGAGGAUGUUUGCGGAUAUGGCGGGCGAGUCCAGGCAGUCGAUCGAGAGUAUCGGCGUGCACGUGUUCAGUGUGCACUACCUGGGCUCUACUCCUCUUCAGAGCAAGGUCACCAGUCUCUCCGGCCUCCAAACACCACUCAAAGACCUAUACUUCGCCUACAGAAGAAACUACCGCCAUAAAAGUAACCUCACAGGAAGACUAGAAAUCUCAAAAAGUGGCCUCAAGGUCAGAUAUAAAGGAGAAAAAGGUGACUUAGAACAGUUGAACCCGUUCCCUACGAUAGCAGUAUGGUCUGCCGUCAAAUUCGUCGUACAACCAUCUGAGAAGGAGAACCACGACUUAAGCUAUGCUUUCUUACCUCUAAUCACUGAUCCAGACAAUAUUGAUCGUCACGCGUUGUUCAAAACUUUGGAAAUACCAGACAAAAAAUACAUCCUCUCCCACAACGAAAAUUCGCAUUCACCCCUUUUCGCUGUUGUGAUGAGGAAGAUCGGAGUCGCCAAGCAAUUGGAGUGUCAUGGGUUUGUAUGUCAGACGUCCGAGGACGCUAUCGUGAUAGCGGCCACGCUAUACAAAUCUCUGAUGUCACACAUGAGCCGGCAGGGUCACAGCGGUGAUAUGAAGAAGCUAAGAAAUCGAAACGGAGUUAGCUGUAUGAGCGUAACGAGUAGUAUAACACAAAAUGAUAUGCCCAUAAGACCACCGCGGAAGAAACGAAGUACAUCUUCUUUAAGUGGUGACAGUGAUCGACCCGAUGGAUUCUCAGCCAGUGAGUCUUUCCACGAAAGACCUAAACUGGAACGGACUAGAAGAAUUUUAGCUGCAGAAGGGUACCGUCUGCCGUCACCACCACCCUCAAUUUCCCCCGCCGAACCUAAAAGAAUAACUGUCGAAGAGGUCAAAGCCAAAUUAGAUUCCAUAAAGCACGACACAAGCGGAAGCGAUACGCAAGAAUCAAAGAAAUCGAUGGCAAAAGAUUCGCUAAGUCCUACUAUUAACGCUAAGAUCUCGAAUCCUCUACCUCUUCAAAGCAGCAGCGAGUCUUCAGUUCGGAGUAAAGUUUCUGAAAAGAUUGAACUAUUUAGACAGUUGGAGAAACGAAAAAACCUCCCGAGACCACCGACUUUACCCCCUCCUAUUCCAACGAAACCACAUGAAUCGCCUGAUCAUUCAAAAGAAACUCUCAGGAGAAGUCACAGUGGCAGAAAGUCUCUCAAUGAAUCAGGUGAUAUUCUGACGAAGGUGGCGAUACCCCGCUCUGGCAGUUUUCUCAACGCCGGUGGACUGACCAGAUAUAAAUCUAUUGGACACAGAAACAACGGGAAAAAGGGAGGCGGUUCCCCACUAGGGUUCAACGAACUUUUCAAUGAAUUCAAGGUUCAAGAGAAUUUACACUCGAUGGAUGAAAUAUUGAAUGCCAUAAUAGACGCCGAGGGCAUGUCCUUCAACGAUCUGAAACCGAUAUAUAAAGAAUUUCUUUUAAAAUUAGCCGUUACCCUUACGAAGGAUGAAAUAUUCCAACACAGUAAAGCUAUUAUGAAGAAACAGAAAAAGAAAAUUUUAAGAAGAAACAGUAUAUUCCAAACUAAGAGGCGAAAGAUAUUCAAAGGAGCUAGUGGUUUGCGCAUGGUAUUCAGGAUGCCUUUCGGUAAAGAGUUGCCAAAAAUAGAAAAGACCAACCAUAAAAUCGGUUCGUUUGAUUUACAAACCGUAGCUAACAAAGAACCUAUAUCGGAAAGCUCAGUGUCAACGUCAAGUUACGAUUUGAGGCAGUUUCGUCCGAAGGAGCCACCAAUACCGCCACCGAAGCGGCAAACUAUGAGACAACGGAAGCGUACCGAUAAGGUCGUGCAUGUGUCCAAACGAAAUGGAAAGGUUUCGAGACCUGGAGAAAGGACAUCCACUUCAGAAGAUUCAGAUUUUUUGACAUUGAGUAACCGUCUUGGUUGUCAAAACCGGAACAGUUCAAGUGGAUACGUAUCAUGCUCAGAAUGCGAAUCAGAAAGCUGCAUAGAUCGUUGCUACUGCUCACUGAAAGAGGACAGCAAGGCAAAAUGCUACUGCUACGAAGGAGGUGUUAAGAGAGAUUCGUCCAAAACGAGGCUUCUUAGUAAAAGCAAAAACUGCAAAGACUGUUCCAAGGACGUUUACGACGGCGACUUCAGCUAUUGCUCGUGCGACUCCGAGUCGUGUGCCGACAGCAAUAAGUGCUACUGCGCGAUCGAGUACCAGCGCGAACGCUACGCCUCCUACCAGACCAAGUCCAGAUCGAGCGUCACGUCCAAAUCACGCCGUUCAGAGCGCAGCCGGCGCGCUCGUAGCUCGGACAGCCUGGCGCUCGACUACGAGCUGCUGCUGCAGAACAAGGCCCGCGACACACGGCCCGCCUCGCGCAACCUGCAGCGCCUCACAGUGCGAAGCACCGGCGCCGGCUCCCAAGACGCCCUCAGCGUGAAGAAGUCCGCCGAGAUGGCGGCGCUGUUCGCCGACGUGCGGCUCUCGCAGCGCACGGACGUGCGCUCGCUGCUGGGCGGGUCGCGGCGCGCGCGGGCGCCGCCGCUGCCGCCCGCGCCGGCGCCGGCGCCCGUGUCCGCGCAUGCGCCGUCGCGCGCGCCGCUCGCGCGCAUGUUCGACCGCCCGCUCAGCAGGAACGCGAGCCUCGAGGACACGCUCGGAUAUUUGCCAUGAUUGAGGGGGCGGAGGGUCAGGAUGGUUUGUCGGUUGGCCGUCAUUAUGGAAUAGGUGCGGUAUUUUACGAAAGCUCUAGGCGUGGAACUGGUCUUUUUAGUGGGGCAUCCGUUGAGUAAGUAUCACAAUGCUUAAGUUUUUUCAGAGAUCCCGGGGUGAUUUGAUUGGGUGUUUGUCCCGUGACCGAGUGAUAUCUAGCAAUCACCGACUAGUACCUAAUGAUCAAAAUUAAACCCGAAAGAUACUUAUUUUUAAUCACAAUCAGGGGUUUUUGUAAUGAUUUUAGCGGAUGCCCCGCUUUCAAAGAUACGGAAGUUAAAUUAUUUUAAAUCAACACUGUUUUAAUCUACUUUAUGUGUUCAGUAUCUUUCAAAUUCAUUAUAGCUUCCAAUGAAUUGUGUUGUAUAGUUGAUAAAACGUUUUAUAUAGUUGGUACAAUUCUUGAUACAGCAACCAGCGGUUAGGAAUGUAUUAAGUUUCUCAAAAUGGCCAGGCGCUUAAAUAAAUAAAAACUUUAAGUAAUAGAAACAAGGUGUCUCUGGUAAUUAAAUUGUUUAGUAAAUGUGUAUAAGGUUUGUUUCUGUGGCCGUUUAUUUAUAUAUUACCUACAUAUAUGUGAUUGACGUGUACUUGAAUUGUACCAAAUGUUAUCAAAAAAUUCAGUUCGUCUUAACUAAAUAAGUUAGUAGGUACCUAAGAAGCCCUCUCCGAAGCUGUGAGUGCUUGUUGAAUUGAAUGUAAACUUUUAUCAAAAUGUGAUUUAAUAUAAUGAGAUCUGUACCUACAGAUAGCAAUAAAUAUGUAACAAGAAUAAUAUGCUCAAAUCAAUCAGCAAAAGUUCUUCGCAAUAUCAUUGACCGUGACUUUUCUGCUGGUUGUACCAGAACUUCAAAACUAUCUCAUGCAUAUACCACCUUAUUAUAUAAAUAAGGAUUUUAAGUAUAUCGAUUAAGUGAAUAGAACUAUGUAUGCAGUUAUUUAUUGUUGAAAAUAACCUUAUUAUACAUAGACGAAAUAUUUUUGAGUCAAGUUACUUAUCUAUAAUCUUACCACGGGUGAUGUGUAAUAUUUUUUCAAAAAUAAGGUACACUUUUGUGUGCUUUCUUAUGAAUUAAUUUAAAGUCAAGUUUUUAAGUAUUUAUGACGAGACUUCCUGAAUAAAUCGGAAAAUCAAAGGAAAAAUCAAAUCAAUCUACUUCAAAGCCAAUUGCUAUCGGAAAAAAAUACUAAUGUUUUAAUGACUUAAAUCAACAAAACCGGUUAAAUUGGCGUAAAUGGAUAGAAUACACGAAGAAAAGUUAAUAUGAGGCCCUAACACAAUCAUAUGAAGACGCUAUGUGUUUUUUCAUUCUGUCUUGGAUUUAGAACGUCACUUUAGUAAAUAAAUAGACAUUUUUUUUAUACGGAUAAUACUUGUAAAAAUAUUUCAUGUUAACAACUAAGCUUAGUUUUAUGCCUUGGCCAAAUAAAAAAUGCUCGGAGCGAACUAGCGAACAGUUGGCGUCGCAUCGGUUACAUACAAAUGUAAAAAAUGUACAUAUGUUGUCGUAGCUGCAAGCAUCAGCGUCAAGCGAAUUAUCUCGGAGCGUUUUUUCUUGGCCCUCAGGUUAACGUUAGCGGCUCCUUUAUAUUGAUCCUAAGGUUGGUUAAGCUCCUACACCAACCUUGGGGGCAAUGUUGGCAGCGUUUGCUAAACGUUGGAAGGGGCCGAUAGGCGGUCGUGCAUUUUUUACUAUGUAACUGUGCAAUUUUGGUGCAAUAUUUACUACUCGUAUGAUAAGUGCUGGCUCACUCGCCACAUGCAAUAUUAUGAAUUUAUGAUGUAAAUAAUUUGUUUACUGAGUUUAUUAAUAAAUCUUACUAUUGAA